AGCAACCUCAACUGAAGCUCUUUCCUCACACAUCUCUUCUCUGCAAUUUCUGCCCAUUCAUUCUCCUUCUUUUUCACCCGAUCAGGUAUUCUUCUCCCUCAAUUUCAAUCGGAUCUUCUAAAUCCUUCGCCGCAUUUGAUCGCUUUACGCGCACUCCAAUUUCAAAUCCUCAUCGUGCACAAGCAAAAACUCAACUUUUCUACUCAAGGUAGCUGUGGUUUGUUGGAAUGGCUGUCCAAUGCCCUAAAAUCAGGCCAGCAGUAGAAGCCGGUUUUCCUGUGAUGCGCCAUCGAUUACCAUGGCAGACACAGACCAAAAUCAGCUUCAGUGUUCCCAACAAGGCAAUGAAUCUCAGGAUUUCAGCUCUCUCUGGAGGAGACAAUAGUAGUAGUAGCAAGAAAUCUGCUGCCCCCAAUUCGAAUUAUGUGGUUCCUUUAGACAAGUCUUCCUGCAUCACUCGCCCCCUCGCUGAGAUUCUCCGUGACCUCAAUAAGAAGGUUUCUGAUAAUAUUAUUAAGACCAAUGAUAAUCAUUCCACAUUUAUCCCAUGGUACCAUGCCAAUCGUAUGCUGAGCUUUUAUGCCCCAGGUUGGUGUGGAGAAAUCCGUGAUGUUAUCUUUUCUGAGAAUGGAAGUGUGACUGUGGUUUAUCGGGUGACUGUACGGGGCUCAGAUGGCGAGGCACAUCGUGAGUCAACUGGGACAGUGUCGCCUGGCAAUGGUGAGAUCGUAGAUCCUGUUGCUGCAGCAGAGCAGAUAGCUUUUUGCAGAGCAUGUUCGCGAUUUGGUCUUGGCUUGUACCUUUACCACGAAGAGUAGAAGAGGUUGUUUUCAUCAUGUCCCACGGUUGUUUAUCAUCCUUUCUCGAUUUAUGUAUGUUGUAACACUUGUAUUUUAGAUUAUUGAAAUUUGAUCUUAUAGCAUCUGAAUGCUACCAACAUUAAAUUUCAUUCGCAAUAUUGUUUAAUAUAGACCAGAAUUUUUCUAGCA